CGAGGGGCUCCACCUCCCGGGGAUUAAAGCCCGGGGCCGGGCAGCGGCGAACCUGUCCCGGGGAAAGUUCUGCCCGAGCUACCACCGGCUCGGACGGACACCGGGACCGACACCGGGAGCGGCCCGGGGGUGCCGGGGGCCGCAGGGGAGCCGGAGCCCGAGCCCCUCGGGGUGCCCUCUCCCAGCCCCGCUGCCCUCCGUGUCGCUGAUGACCCUGAACACACAGCGUGGGAGCAAGAGCCCGCUGCGGAGGAGGGCCAGCACCCCUCUCCCGCGGCCGGGGGUGCCGGGCGUCACGCUGCGGGGCGAGCCCUGUCACCCCCAGCUCAGCCACUCUGCGUCCGAGCCGGGUGGUAGGGCCGCAGCACCCCGGGGCAGCUGGUCCUCUGACUCCUCGGGCUCCUCUGGCUCCUGGGAGCCCCUCUACCGCGUAGUGCUGCUGGGCGACCCCGGCGUGGGCAAGACCUCCCUGGUCAACCUCUUUGCCGGCAUUCAGGAGCGGGACCUGCUAGAGCAGCAUGGAGAGGCCAUGUAUGAGCGCACGCUGUCUGUGGAUGGCAAGGAGACCACUCUGCUAGUGAUGGACACCUGGGAGCCAGAACAGUGGCAGGGUGAGGAGAGCUGGCGCCGCAGCCAGUGCCUGCAGGUGGGGAACGCCUACGUCAUUGUCUACUCUAUCACCGACCGUGGCAGCUUUGAGAGUGCCUCGGAGCUGCGCAUCCAGCUGCGCCACGCACGGCAGGCCGAAGACAUCCCCAUCAUCCUGGUGGGGAACAAAACCGACCUGGUGCGGUGCCGCGAGGUUUCCAUUGAAGAGGGCCGUGCCUGUGCCGUGGUGUUCGACUGCAAGUUCAUCGAGACAUCAGCAGCUCUGCAGCACAACGUGGAUGAGCUUUUUGAGGGAGUGGUGCGGCAGAUCCGCCUGCGCCGUGGGGGCAAGGAGCCCCGUGCGCUCCCUGCUCCCAGCCAGAAGCGCAAGGAGAGCCUCACCAAGAGAGCCCGGCGCUUCCUCGACAGGCUGGUGGCCAGGAACAGCAGCAAAGUGGCCCUGAAAGUCCGCUCCAAGUCCUGCCACGACCUGUCUGUGCUCUGAGAGCUGCCGCCUUCCUGACCCUCUGCACACACAGGCUGGGAACUCUCCUCUCUGCCAGCAGCGUGGCCAGUGGCUCUGUCGGUGCAAGGACAGCCCAGACAGAGCCAGAGUGAUGCUGAGGAUGUGGAGCUGUUUUAAUUGGUGCUGAGGGAUGCCUGGGCUGCUCUGGAUCUGGCCACUUCUCCAGGAGAGGGGACAAGUGGACCUGGGUCCCCUGGGCUGCACCCCAGGCGUGGGACAAACACCUGUGCUUGUGAUGGUGGGAUCCUGGCUUACAGAGGCUCCUGUGGAACCAGAGGUGAGGGGUGGCCAUGCCCCAGUGCAGGGCUGCCUGCAGGGCUGGAGCAGCUCCAGAGGCUGCCAGGAACAUGGCCAGUCCUGCUUGUGGUGCCUGUCCUUCAGAGGGCAGCAUGGACCAGUGAGGGCACCAUAGUGAUGCCCUCCUCGAGGACAUCCUGGAGCCUGGCCAGGGAAAGGGGCUGGUGGAGCACUGGCAGCAUUGUCUGGCACCCCUAGCCCCUCUGUGACAGCACUGUGCAAGGGCUUCGUGCCAUGUUUCCCUGGUACCAGCGUUUCUUGGACUGAGGUUUUUCUGCUGUCUCUGUACUGUUGCAAUGGGGAAACCCCUCAAUCUGCAGAAUAAACCGUGUCAGGGAGGU